AAGCCGCGCCGCCGGACAGCCGCACCGCCUCACCGCCGCACCUCCUCUACCUUUAACAAAUGUUUAGGGUUUAUGCCCUACAACCGAUAUUUGCGCCUGCGCCUCUGCCUCUGCCUCUGCCUCGCCACGACGCCACCGCCCACCAGCCACCAGCUUCCCGGUCUCCGUAUUCACCCUCAACCCGCCUCAGUUGCCGGCCGUGAGCCCUCUCCGUCUUCACCAGAAAGUUCAGAAAAUGGUGCCCCAUCUAGUCACCGUAAUACUCUCCAGCAAGAGUUAUCAUCCUCUGUAAACUCUUGUAGGAGGUUUGAAGCUGUUGCAACUUUUAGGUUAAUCUGGUGGAAUCAGGGUUCAGGAUCAAGAAAGAGAUUAUCUAUAUGGCGCCCUAUUGUACCCCAAGGGAUGGUAUAUUUUGGUGAUAUUGCACGAAGGAAAAAGCGGAAUGUUGUUUUACAUGUGAGUCCAACAAACAGUGGUAUUUAUUGUGGACCAUUGAGGCUGUUGGCAUGGGAGGUGGCAAAAGUUCCUUGUGACCUUAUGACUGGGCAAGAAAGGGAGGAAGUUGAUGGUGCAAAGCAUAUGGCUGUUACUGUAGAAAUGGCUGAUGUGACUUCCAACUAUGGAUGUGCUGUUAUUGAUGAGAUUCAGAAUAUUAGAAGCAAUUUAGGAGUUAUAUCAUCUGACUGCAAACAACAGCAAGAUGCUGCUAGGAAAACCGUUUGUAGAGAAGAAAAGUUUGAAGGGUUGGAUAUCAAGUGGAGAAAAGAUAGGAUACAGAAGAUAGGAUCUGAAGGAUCUUCAAACUCCAUCGCCGCACCUUCCCCACACAGCCAUUACCGCCGCCACCGCCGCCACCGCAGCCACCGCCGCCACCGCAGCCGUCCGCAGCUUCCGACUCACGCCCCGCCGCCGUCAACAGCCUCCGCCUCACGCCAAGCCGCCGCCGCGACGCCGCUGCUCUCCUCACCGCCGGACGCAACUGUCGCACCACCUCGCCGCCGGACGCAACUGCCGCACCACAUCGCCGCCGGUCGCCCUCCCCCGCUACUCGCCCGGGGUCUCAGACUGCUACGGAGAUGUUUUUAUGCUGGCUUUGUUGCUCAAAGGAAUUUUGCUGAGAGGUUCCUGGGGGGACAAACAACAACAACUAUGCUAAUGUGCAGCUCAUUGUUGAGUGUCAAAAGGGCUCUUCCAUAAUAGAGACUAGAAUUUAAGAAACUUUAAUGCCUAUAGUUAGAAUCAGAAGACUAGAGCCAAGGGUUAUGUACCUUAAAAUCUGUGAAACAAAA